AUGGGUCGUGUUAUCCGUGGUCAGCGUAAGGGUGCUGGUUCCAUCUUUAAGUCCCACACACACUUACGUAAGGGCCCAGCUGCGUUCCGUGCCCUUGACUUUGUUGAGCGCACUGGAUACAUUAAGGGUGUCGUUAAGGAGAUCGUGCAUGACUCUGGCCGUGGCGCUCCUUUGGCCAGGGUGACGUACCGUGACCCGUACCGUUAUCAGCUCAGACACGAGCUGCUUAUCGCUGCUGAGGGCAUGUACACGGGUAUGUUUAUUUACUCGGGCCCUAAAGCUGCCCUUACGGUUGGCAACACACUACCUCUCUCGGCUUUGCCGGAAGGUACGAUCGUAUGCAACGUCGAGGCCAAGAUCGGUGACCGCGGUUCGUUUGCUCGCGCUUCGGGCGAUUACGCUGUCAUUGUGACCCACGAUGAGGACAAGGGAAAGACCAAAUUGCGUCUGCCCUCUGGUUCGAAAAAGACUGUUCCUUCGGCAUGCCGUGCUAUGAUUGGUGUGGUCGCUGGUGGAGGUCGUACUGAUAAGCCAAUUCUUAAAGCUGGACGUGCUUUCCACAAAUACCGCGUCAAGCGUAACGAGUGGCCGAAGGUGCGUGGUGUUGCUAUGAACCCCGUGGAACAUCCGCACGGUGGUGGUAACCACCAGCACAUUGGUCAUCCGUCAACUGUGCGUCGUGAUGCCCCUGCUGGUAAGAAGGUUGGUCUUAUUGCUGCUCGUCGUACGGGUCGUCUCCGCGGUAUUAAGAAGGUGGAGAAGGACAACUAA